AUGUCUCUCUCUACUACCAUUAAGACUCCCAAUGUCACUUAUGAACAGCCCCUUGGCUUGUUCAUCAAUAACGAGUUCGUCAAGGGUGUUGACGGCAAAACCUUCGAGACCCUAAACCCCAGCAACGAGCAGGUCAUCACUUCCGUCUACGAGGCUUCCGAGAAGGAUGUCGACAUCGCUGUCAAGGCCGCCCGUGAGGCCUUCGAGGGUUCAUGGAAAAAGGUGACCCCCUCGGACCGUGGCCGUAUGCUUACCAAGCUGGCCGACCUCUUCGAGCGUGAGAUGGAGACCCUGGCUUCCAUUGAGGCCCUCGAUAACGGUAAGGCCGUCACUAUGGCCAAGGUUGAUAUCGCCAAUGCCGCUGGCUGCCUACGCUACUACGGUGGUUGGGCCGAUAAGAUCACCGGUCAGACCAUUGACACCAACUCCGAGACCCUCUCCUACACCCGCCACGAGCCCGUUGGUGUCUGUGGCCAGAUCAUUCCUUGGAACUUCCCGAUCCUUAUGUGGGCUUGGAAGAUUGGUCCCGCUAUCGCUGCCGGCUGGCUUCCCCCCGGUGUCAUCAACGUCAUCUCCGGUUUCGGUCGUGUUGCCGGUGCCGCUAUCUCUAGCCACAUGGACAUUGACAAGGUCGCCUUCACUGGUUCCACUCUUGUCGGCCGUAUGAUCCUGCAGGCCGCUGCCAAGUCCAACCUGAAGAAGGUCACUCUUGAGCUGGGUGGCAAGUCCCCCAACAUCGUCUUCGAGGAUGCCGAUAUUGAUAACGCCAUCUCCUGGGCUAACUUUGGUAUCUUCUUCAACCACGGCCAGUGCUGCUGCGCCGGUUCUCGACUGCUGGUUCAGGAGAGCAUCCACGACAAGUUCGUCGCUCGCUUCAAGGAGCGUGCCGCCCAGAACAAGCUCGGCAACCCCUUCGAGGGUGACACCUUCCAGGGCCCCCAGGUUUCACAGCUCCAGUUUGACCGCAUCAUGGAGUACAUCAACCACGGCAAGAACGAGGGUGCCACUGUUGCCCUAGGUGGUGAGCGCCACGGUACCGAGGGAUACUUCAUCCAGCCUACCGUUUUCACCGACGUCACCCCCGAUAUGAAGAUCGCCCAGGAGGAGAUCUUCGGUCCCGUUAUCGCCGUCACCAAGUUCAAGGAUGAGGCCGAUGCUAUCCGCAUUGGCAACAGCACCAGCUACGGUCUCGCUGCUGCCGUGCACACCAAGAACGUCAACACUGCCAUCCGUGUUUCCAACGCUCUCAAGGCUGGUACCGUCUGGAUCAACAGCUACAACUUGAUCUCCUACCAGGCGCCCUUCGGUGGCUUCAAGGAGUCCGGCCUUGGCCGUGAGCUCGGUUCCUACGCUCUUGAGAACUACACCCAGGUCAAGACUGUGCACUACCGCCUGGGUGAUGCUCUAUUCUAA